GUGCAUUUAUAAAAACCGGGAGAUUCUCCUCGAAACACAAGCUCCAGCAAAUGCAAAUCACACGGCAAGUGACUCGAUCAUCACACGAGUCGAACGGAGCCGUAACCUUUUUCAUUCUUCCCCCGCAGGUGGCCGACCCGCCUCAUCACUGUUGCUAGUAUCCGUCCGUCCAUGCAUCUGCGGCUCCCACCUGUCUUGACAUCGUGACGGAUGGAUGGGCCAAGCCGAGGUCGAGGGCUUUUAAAGUAGCAACGACCGACCCCCUUCGUCCCCGCCCCCCUAGCUAGCUCUCUCCCUGUCUGUCACCGCCGAGUCUCUCGCAGUCUGCCUCUCGCUCUCGCUACGGAGUCCGGACCACUCUCUCUCUCUCUCUCUCUCUCUCUCUCUCUCUCUCUCUCUCUCUCUCUCUCUCUCUCUCUCUCUCUUUCUAGCAGUCUAGUAGCUGCGACUAGCACUUCCACCUACUGGUGUUGGUGUUUGCUUGCCUUGACGAACGAAGGAGUUGGUUCGUUGCGUUCCACCUUCCAAAUGCUGUCCCACGUCGAGAUGGCCCCCGGCGGGUUCAAGCUGUUCGGCAAGGUCAUCACGCAGUGCGCCGAGAGCGCCCCGCCGGCGCCGCCGGAGGCUGCUGCCGCGGCGUCGAGGGCCACGGCCUUCGCGCGGGAGAGGGACGACCCGGACGAGCGCGACCAGCCGAUGGUGAAGCGGGAGGCGGCGGCGUCCGACCACGACUUCGCCGCCGUGGACAAGCACCACCAGCACUCCGGCGGCAGCGGCGGGCCGGGACCGGGACCGGACGAGAGCGACGACAGCAAAGGGCAGCAGCAGCAGCAGCACCACCCGCGCCCGCGGCAUCAUCAGCAUCACCAUCAGCAGCAGCAGGACACCGUGGAGGCGCGCGCCGCGGCGGCCGCGUCCUCGGCGCCGCCGCUGCCGUGCCCGCGGUGCCGGAGCCGGAACACCAAGUUCUGCUACUUCAACAACUACAACGUCAACCAGCCGCGCCACUUCUGCAAGGACUGCCACCGCUACUGGACGGCGGGCGGCGCGCUGCGCAACGUCCCCGUGGGCGCCGGCCGACGCAAGAACCGGCCGCUCGGCCCCGUCGUCGCCGGAGCCGUGCCCGUGCCCGUGCCCGUGCCGGCGCACCACCACCACCACCACCUGCACCCCGCUGCUGCUGCUGCUGCGGCGGCGGCGGGCUUCGUCCUCGGGUUCCCCGGCCAGCAGCACCCUUCGUCGCCGACGUCGCCGUCGCCGUCGCCGGUCUACGCCGACCGGUGGCCUGUAUGUCCGGACCGGCGGUUCUGAGUUCUGGUUAGGGUGGUUUGACUUGCGUAAUUUGCUGGUGAUGAGGCGGGGAAGGCUGCCUUGUCUGUCUGUACGUGGGUGUGCGUGCGUGAGAGGCUGGUUGAUGGAGGACGCCGGCAUGGAAAUGGCAUCUGUUUCCUUCUCUUUUCUCUGCCUCGAUUUUCUUGUUUCCCGCUAAAUUAGCUCGGUGUAGCUGCCAGUUUAACCUCCUUUGCA